AUGACCACCACCGAAGUUCACCAGACCACUGUUCCCGACGAGCCAGGCAUGGCCGACACUUUCAACGACACCAUGGGUGAGACUGAGGCGCUCGACGUCACUCCUAAGACGGACGAAGAGUAUGCCCAGUCCCUGCUCACCCUGCGUGCGAUCGUCUCGUCGAAGGAGGCCGGCGUUAUUAUUGGCAAAGCUGGCAAGAACGUUGCGGACCUCCGCGAUGAGACCGGCGUCAAGGCCGGUGUGAGCAAGGUCGUCCCCGGUGUUCAUGACCGAGUUCUGACCGUCACCGGUGUCCUCGAGGGCACUGCUCGUGCGUAUGCGAUCGUUGCUAAGGGUUUGCUUGAAGGCGCUCCGCAAAUGGGCAUGGGCGGCAUUGUCUCCAACAACGGGACCCACCGUGAGUUCAUCACCUACUACCGCCGCUCGGCCGUCUAUACUGACAGGUUUUAUUCGGGCACAGCUGUCCGUCUCUUGAUUUCUCACAACCAGAUGGGUACUAUCAUUGGUCGCCAGGGCUUGAAGAUCAAGCAUAUCCAAGAUGCCUCUGGCGUGCGCAUGGUUGCUCAGAAGGAGAUGCUCCCUCAGUCUACGGAACGGAUCGUGGAGGUGCAGGGCACACCCGAAGGUAUUCAGAAGGCCGUCUGGGAGAUCGGCAAGUGCCUGAUCGAUGAUUGGCAACGUGGCACCGGCACCGUCCUCUACAACCCUGCCGUUCGUGCUUCCCUCAGUCAGCAGCCCAUCCAGAACAAUGCUCCCGUGAGCGGCAAUGGUUACACGAGCCGCCAGUACAACCGUACUGGCAAUGGCGCCGACUUCAGUGACAAUGGUGGCUACAACCGCCGCUCCAGCUCGGACGCAGGCGCUCGUGGAUAUCCGCUGGUCACCGAGGAUGGCGAAGAAAUCCAGACUCAGAACAUCAGCAUCCCCGCUGACAUGGUCGGUUGCAUCAUCGGUCGUGCUGGUAGCAAGAUCACCGAAAUUCGCCGCAGCUCCGGAGCUCGCAUUUCGAUCGCCAAGGCCCCGCACGAUGAGACUGGUGAGCGCAUGUUCACCAUCAUGGGAAGCGCCCAGGCGAAUGAGAAGGCUCUUUACCUUCUCUACGAGAACCUCGAGGCUGAGAAGACUCGCCGCAGCCAGCUGCCCCAGGAGUAA